AAAACAUCAGAAAGUAUCCAAGUCUUGAAACCUGAAAAAUGAAGCUAAUCAUAGUAUUUUCCGCUUUCCUUGCAAUCUUUUGCUGUUUUUCGCAAAUAGAAUUCACUUCAGCUGAACCCACAUUGGAUGGGCUUGUCGGAGGACUUCUUGGAGGUGUUACUGGUGGCGGACUCGGUGGUCUUCUAGGUGGACUAGGAGGUGGUGGCGGUGGACUACCAUUAGCUGGUGGUCUUCUAGGAGCAGAGCAAGGGACUUCUCAAACAAAUGAAGAUGAUGUUUCUAUUAAAGGUAAUGCAAACUCAGUUUUCAAAGGAGUUGAGCUUAAAGGAAAUUUAAACGUAUUACCAAACGGUUUACUGUAG